AUGGAUGGAUAUGGCUCUAACAAUGGGCUCCGUCGAGGAAAAUCAAUGAGUAGACCGGAACGACACCAGGCCACAACACCGAUGUUAUCGGGUAAAGAAAAAGAAUCAACAAUCGAUGUAUGGUCAUUAUUCUCAAAAGUGGUGACCUUUUGGGCACCAAAUGCAUUAUUAUCGUCUAUUGGUGGCCUAUACGAUGCUCAAUCACAACAAGCUUGGCGUGAAAAAAUUACAUUAUGUUUCAUUGCGGUUUUGAUGAGUGGUUCAGUUGCUUUUAUGACUGUGGGGCUUUCCGCUGUUUUGUGUCCACCUGAACAAGCAAGUAAUCCUGAUUUAUUUUUACGUUUUGGUAACCUUGGUAUAUUUGGAUGGCAAUUUAAUGUUGUGGAAGCGAAUCAGAAAUUAGAAGUAGAUCUUAGAUCACUUGGCCAACAAAAUAACAGUAUGGAUAUAACAAAUUUUUUCAAAAGAGUCAACGACCGAAUCGAUGCGUGUCAAUCUCCUGAAAUACAAAACUUCAAAGCCGUCACUCAACCACUAUGUGUCUCAGACAAAAGCUGCCCGUUAAAUCCAAUCUCACAGCAAACAUUUAAUGAAUAUAAUAUUUUUAAUACUACAAAGAAAGUUGGUUUCGAUUGGAAUCAAUUAGAACUCGUGGAAAAUUAUUUGGUGAUCAAUGGUCACGUGCUUAAUCUUGAUCCUUACAUCAAAAAUAAUCCCACUCCGAUUGAGGAUGAUAAAUUGGAUGUGAUAAUUCGUACGGUAUUAACAACUGGUCAUAAACAAGGUGGCAAAGAUGCUACACGACUUUUCUUCGGUAGGGAGGAUUUGAAGGCAUCAGUAAAUUGUUUAGUUAACAAAUACUUUGCCGGAAGUAUAGAUAAGCAGACUAUCGGGUGUUUCUCAUCAACUUUGUUUUUAUACGUAUCGUUGGUCGUCAUAUUAGGAAUUGUAUUAUGUAGAUUUAUAAUGGCUUGUAUAUUUGAUUGGUUUAUUUCACAUCGUCUUGCUCAUAAACCAAAGUCUCCAGUAAUUCGAUCCGCUAGUGGCGUUAUUAUUAGUGGUGGCGGCAAGAACAAAAAGGAAGGUAGGCAAUGGACACCAGGUCAAAAAACUGUAGUAAAAGGAAUGACGAUGAAUGAUAUUGGAAAUGAUUUGUUUACCGUUAUGCUUGUCACUUGUUAUUCUGAGGGUGAGGCUGGUAUCAGGUGCACUUGUGAAUCAUUAGCCUCAACCGAUUAUCCUGAUGAUCGUAAAUUAUUAUUUUUGGUUUGUGAUGGAAUAAUUACUGGUAGUGGAAACGAUAAAAGUACUCCGGACAUUUGUGUUGGCCUUUUGGAACUUGCACCAGGAUUUAAAGAUCCAAAACCUCAAAGUUACGUUGCCGUCGCUGCUGGAUCAAAACAACAUAAUAUGGCUAAAGUGUAUGCAGGAUAUUUUCCAUGGAAUGGUAGAAAAGUGCCGGCAAUAUGUGUAGUGAAGUGCGGUACAGAAGAGGAACGAAAAAAACCAAAACCUGGAAAUAGAGGAAAACGUGACUCGCAAUUAAUCUUGAUGAGUUUUUUUAGUCGUGUUCUUUAUAACGAUAGAAUGUGUGAAUUGGACUAUGAUUUAUUUAGAAAGAUUCAUCAUCUUAUGGGUGUUGAUGCAGACACAAAGGUAUAUCCAGAUUCGUUAAGAAUAUUGAUAAAUUGUAUGUGCAAUGAUCCAUUGAUCAUGGGAUUAUGUGGAGAGACAAGAAUAGCAAAUAAACGAGACUCGUGGGUCACAUCAAUACAAGUGUUUGAAUAUUACAUUUCACAUCAUUUGGGUAAAGGGUUUGAGUCGGUGUUUGGUGGUGUUACCUGUUUGCCAGGAUGUUUUUGUACCUACAGACUAAAAGCACGCAAGUCUAAUGAUCGUAAAUACAAUGAUGACUGGGUACCAAUCAUUACGAAACCAGAAAUAGUUCAAGAAUAUUCACAGAAUGUGGUGAAAACACUUCAUCAAAAAAACUUGCUAUUGUUGGGCGAAGAUCGAUUUUUGACGACGUUGAUGUUGAGAAAUUUUCCACAUAGGAAAAUGAUGUUUUGUCCGCAGGCUGUCUGUAAGACCGUUGUACCUGAUGAAUUUAACGUUUUGUUGUCACAACGACGUCGAUGGAUCAAUUCUACAAUUCACAAUUUAAUGGAACUUGUGCUUGUUCGUAACUUGUGUGGAACAUUUUGUUUCUCUAUGCAAUUCGUAGUGUUCAUGGAAUUGAUUGGAACGGUGGUGUUGCCGGUUGCCUUGGUUUUGACAUAUAUGCUGAUCGUAAAGUUAAUUUUAGAUCCGCCACAUGAUCUUAUACAAGCAAUACCGUUGAUGAUGUUGAUAUUGGUUGUUGUUUUACCAGCAAUAUUGAUAUUAAUAACCACACGCAAAAUAGUAUAUAUUCUAUGGAUGGUUAUAUAUUUAUUGGCAUUGCCGGUAUGGAAUAUAAUAUUACCAACGUAUGCAUAUUGGCAUUUUGAUGAUUUUUCAUGGGGCGAGACUAGGAAAGUUGAAGGCGAAGCCAAAGGUGAAGAUCAUGGCAAGAAAGAUGGCGAAUUUGAUUCAUCCAAGGUGGUGAUGAAAAAGUGGGAAGAUUGGGAGAGAAAAAAUUCAAGAGGAUUCAAGAAAAGACAACAAAUGGGACAGAACAAUAAUGGACCUAUACACUUGACACAUGAAGAUGGGUAUGAUGUUAAUGAUCAAGGUCUUAAGACUGGCUUAUUAUCAUCUACAGAGUAUCAAAAUUAUAAUAAUCAACAUUUGAUGGGAAAAGAAGGAGAUUCAACAUCGAUAAGGUCAUUCGAAUCAUUGUCAACAGAUAUUGGACCGCAACAACAGUAUUAUGAUUAUACGGCCAAUAUCGGAAUUGCGACGGGUGGUGAGGAAGUAGGUAUGGAAACAUCUGAAUAUCCACCUAUGCGACAACAGCCACAAUUACAGCAACAAUAUGGAGCAGCAAUAACAGGUCAUCCGCUAAUACCAAUAGAACAACAGCAAUUUUAUCAGCAAAUAGACCAACUAAGAUCUUUAUGGGUUGAGUAUCGUGCUGUAAACGAAACUGGUAAUGGUAAUAACGAUUAUGGUGAUCAGUCAGAAUGGGCCAGAGGAAAAUUACAGACGAUAUUAACGGAACUUGAUAAACUUAUACAAGAACAAGUUUUAUGGAAAUCAACUUUAUCUGCUGAAAUAGAGGAUUUAUUGAUAGAAAUAGAGGAAUAUAGUCAAUUGUUUGGUCGUAAUGUAGACACGAUAAUAUCACAAGCUGCUUUAUUGCAUGUUGAAAUAAAUAAUUUAACGCGUGAUAAAUUAUCAAGUAUACGAAAUGAGUUAAAAGAGGAAGCUGAUUUGACAAGGGAGAAUAUUAAGAAAUGGUUGACAAGUCUUCGAACAUUUGUUAAAGAGUUAGAUUCUGAUUAUGUCGUUCCGUCUGACGAGGUGUUUGAGAGUAAUUUGGGUACAGCUGUACUUGGUCUUCGAAACGAAUUUGAAGAAUCAUCGAUUCAACUUCAUUAUUAUUGGGACACUCUUUGCUACAAACCAAAAGAUGAAAUAGAUAAGGCUUUAUCACAAUUAUUUGUUGAUAAACCAAAUCCAAAGGACAUUUUUGAAGCUUACACAGAACGUAAACAGAAAUUGAUGAUGUUGAAGAAAACUAUACAUAACUUCUAUGAAGAAUUGGAUAUUCCGAAAGAGAAAAGAUUGGAAUUUAGUGAUUCGUUGGACGAAGAGAAUAUCGAUAAAUUAUCAAAAGAAUAUGAAAGCCUUCGUGAAAUUAUGAGACAACGAAUUCAAAAGGCUAUCGACGAGUAUACAGUACAAUUGGGUGAAUUAUGGGAUAAAUGUUUGGUUCCUCAAUAUGAACGUGAUGAAUUCUUUUCAAAUUUACAUUCAUUGAAUUCUGCUGAAGAAGUAUACGAAUUACUCGCGCAAGAAAUUGAUCGUCUUCAAGAUCUUUAUGCUAAAUGUGCCAAGAUAUAUAGAUGGAUGUUAGAAAGACGUGCUUUAAUCGAGAAAAUGAUUGAAUUUGAGAAAAAGGCUUCUGACCCACGUCGUCUAUUCCAAAGUUCAUUUCGAUUAUUGGAAGAAGAAAAAUGGAGAAAAACAUGUUGGCCCAAUUUGGUUAAGAUUGAAGAUCAACUAAUCAAUGCUUGUGUUGCUUAUGAAGAAUCUGAACGUAAACCUUUUAUGCAUGAAAGCAAACGUUACUUGGACACUUUGCAAUCUGAAAUUUCUGAGCGUAUUGUAAAUCAAAUGUUCUUCGGUUUUGAACAAUUUGGCUCUAAAAAUACAAAAAACGCUAACAAUAAUGAUGAUGAAAACAGCAAUAAAUCAAAAAAUGCUUCAAAACGUAAAGAUAGCCAAAAGGCAAUGCCAAGCAGACCAUCUUCACCUACCAACGAAAAUAAAAGAAAUAGCAGAUUAUUUGCUAAAGCUCCAUCAGCUAGUCGUUCAGUUUCACCUUCAAAUGGUAAUAGUAAUGGAAGAUCUCCACAAUCACGUAGAAACAGCCAAUAUAUCCCUAGUAGAUCUGUAUCACCCACAGGUCUUAACAAUAAUGGAACUAAAUCAAGAAGAAAUAGUCAAGCUAUUAGUCAAGCAAUUACUCAAGCCAUGAUGGGUGGCAAUAGUAGAGCACCAAGUAGAGCGCCAAGUAGAGCACCAAGUAGAGCACCAAGUAGGACACCAAGUCGGGCACCAAGCAGAGCUGUUUCGCCUGUACGUUCUAAUUCUAACAUUUCACGAAACGUAUCACCCGUUAGACCUAAUCAUAGGAGUAAUUCAGAAACAUCUCCCUCGUCAUCAACGAAAAAGCGUAAUAGUUUAUUUGUUAAAAAUUCCAUUGAUCCAUUAUCGCAUCUCAACUCGAGUAACAAAGCUUCGUCAAAUACAUCUAGUGAAUCGUCAUCAUCGAUAUCUUCAGUUGCAACUCCAACUAUGUUAGAACCAUCAUCAUCUCCUUAUAUUGUUAAUGUAUUAUCAUCAUCAAAAAAGCCUUUGUCUUCUGCUUCCACUACUCCUUCAAAUUCUUCAUCUUUACCAACACCUAUAACUAGGCGUACUAAUUCUGCACCGGUUAGGCCAAGACCAAAAAGCAUAGUAAAUGGCAAUGUUUCUAGUUUCUCUAACGAACCAUCAUCGAUGUUAAAAAGACAAAAACAUAAUUAUGAAGAAUAUAAGAUGUUAGAAUUAAAUCAAUAG